CCAGGGUGGCCUGUGUUGACUCUACCGUACCCUUUCCCUCUCUGAUUUGAUAGGAAAUCGUUUUAUCUACCUAGCAAACAAACUGACCUCUGCGCCAUGCCCUGCUGCUCUCUGUUUGCGGGGAAACAACAUCACUAUGCACCCCAUGUAUAGACAACCGCAUCCAAUUCCGGCCUCCACAGCGUCGCGCUCGAAGCUGAACGCUUUCCUAUAUAAGAACAAAAAUGACGAAAAUGGGACUGAAGUAUCACUCACGAAGGCUGAUCCGUCGAAAGCCCUUGCAGACAAAGAGAAUCAGGCCUCUUGGUUGAAUGGUGUGGUAGAACAAACCGAACCGGAGUCGGUUCCUGAGCAACGCCUACAGGACGUAUUAGAGUCGAAACCUGCCAAAGAAUGCCCUCAGACUCCUGGCAAUAGGCUGCCUCUAGCAGAUCUUAUCGGUAAUGCAGAAGAUGCUUUCAGUCGGGCUCCUGUGAGACAGGAAUUUACGCCGGAAGACUAUGUUAUUUGGCAGCAUGCUCCACCAAGUUCGAAUCCGAGUACACAGACGCCCGCAACGCAGAGCAAGAAGCGUUGCCAUAGCUCCUCCCCGAGCAGCUCUCCUUUAGCUAGUUCCAAAGGAGCGCAGAAGGGAACCUUUGACCUCCAGUCUUUCCAGGCCGUGCUCAAAACUCCACAGAACGACCUCGCGGCAGAUUUAUGGAACAAUUACGUUGCCAAAACCACCACCAAUGUUACGGACCUUCAGCAACCACGCUUUGCGAAUCUGCUGUCAUCCUCCCCGCACACACCUAGAUCAGCUAGAUCAGGCCCAGAUUCUUCGGGACUGCGGAGAUCAAACAGUUGCAAUGCUGAAUGGCCCAGUUCGAAGGCGAAGAGGCGGAAGAUUGAAGGAGAAAGCCAUCCAAAAGGCCGUGCUAUCUUUUCGCGGACUCGAAGCAACAUUAUGGUUCCAAAGGACUUCAAGGCAUCCAAUUUCAGUUCUCUUGUCAAAGAAAUGGAGCGAAGCUUGAAGAAGGUACCUCCUAAACAGCCAGAUCCUCCCAAGGUUACCGCGCCCCUAGCACCUACGACCACACGUCAAAGCCGAUCAGCGUCACCGUUCGAGACUAAGCCUGCAGCCGAAAGGCCAGACUUGCCAGAUGAUUUUGUGGGUGGCCCUCGCGCCCCGCCAAUUGGAAAGACGCUGCAAGAAUCCUCUUCAGAUUUUGGUGACGAUGACCUGGACGAUGAUUUUCUUGAGCUGGCAGAAGCUUCCUUGGACCCUUUUGUGGAAUCGACACAGCCCAACAUGGCGUUACGGAAGCCAGACUCACAACACGGACAUGCUUCGCCUUUGGACGGGGGUCGACCUUCUUUCGACAGCAUGAAUCACGAACUACCCUCGGACACAAAUCAACUUAUACCCACCAGAAAUGAUACAGCACUUGACAUUGAUGAGUUUGACGACGAUUUUGAAGGAUUUUCAGAUAAUAUUGAUGAGAUUCUUGCGGGAUGUGACGAAACGCCGAGCAGCAAACUCCCCAGAACUAUCCAACAGCCGCAGAGACUGGAGCACCCGCUCCCUCACAAUAGUAGGGGAGGGCUGCCGGUACGCCAAGAAACAUCAGAUAAUGAAGCCAAUGAACAGAAUAUAACGUCUAGCGAUGAAUUUGGCGAUGACGAUUUCGACCUUGACUGCUUUGACCAACCGAUACCCCAGACAGGUGAAGAUGGCCCAGAUAAUAAUUCCAGAGGCCGCAAAGCUAUCAAGCGGUACUUGAUUAUUGAUAUUGCUGAGUCUACAUAUCCUACCCAGAAAAGACGCCUCCAGCCAGAAAAGCUUCUAUCGGUACAAGACGAGAUCACGAAACGUAAAAAGGUUAUCGUGCUUCGGGAUUCCUGGUUCGAUAGCCCGUGCGAAAAGGACUUCUAUAUCCACCUAAUUGGCGAGUUCGAUGCGUCGGGUCACUGCGUGGUCAACGAUGCUCAGAAUAUGAUCAUAAUCCACCCUGAUCAUCUUAUAUCUGCAACAGUCAUAGCGGACUCAAUCAGCUGUCAGCGACGAGCUGUGCUCCAAGACCGCAUCAAAAGAAGCUCUGACAUUGGAAAGCCGCAGGUCUUUGGAAACAUAUUUCACGAGCUUUUCCAGGAGGCUAUGAAGCUCAACACGUGGGAUACGGCUUCCUUGAGAGCACUCAUCGAAGACGUCGCAGUUAAGCAUGUGGAGGAGCUAUACCUGAUUUCCAUGAGUGUCAACGAAGCCAUUGAUCAUGUGAUGGGCAGGAUUCCUGGCAUACAGCAUUGGGCGGAUCUAUUCCUUCGACAGAAGCCAACAGCGCAAUCACUCGUUGAGGACCGAAACAGCUCGAAAUUGAAACUAAGUGUCAACAAGCUCCUAGAGGUGGAGGAACACAUAUGGUCGCCAAUGUAUGGCUUGAAAGGGAACAUCGAUGCUACAGUUCAAGUCACCUGUGAUCAGGGACAAGGCGAACAAAAUCUUGUUGUGCCUCUUGAGCUCAAAACCGGCAACAAAGAGACAAAUCAAGCGCAUCGAGCCCAGACUGCACUUUAUACUUUGCUCCUUUCCGACCGUUAUGAUGUGGAAGUGACAUUCGGACUCUUAUACUAUCUCGAGACGUCUAAAAUCUUCCGCAUACGGGGCAUCCGGCACGAAUUGCUCCACAUGGUGCAGGAGCGUAAUCGCGUGGCUGGAUUUGUACGUGACAGGACGCAACUACCACCCAUGAUCAAGAGGCCUUCGAUGUGCAAAAAUUGCUACUCGAAGACAUCUUGUUUCAUUUACCACAAGCUCACAGAUGACGGUGACGGCGAAACGAGCGGUCUUGGCGAUGAGUUUGUGCAAGCAAUGGAACAUUUGACUCCGGCACAUCGUGACUUCUUCAGAAAAUGGGACGACCUUCUCACUAAAGAAGAGCAAAGUAUGAUGAGAUUCAAGAGGGAGUUAUGGACUUUGCUCAGUAGUGAACGAGAAGCCCUGGGCCGAUGCUUUGGCAACAUCAUUAUCGAACCUGGGACAACUAGCGAGGACAGGGAUGGAACGAAGAUCAAUCGAUAUCGGUAUACAUUCGUCAAAAAACAGCAAUCACCCUCAUUCUCGUUCACCGACUCUCAGGUUACUGUUGGAGAACCGAUAGUCGUCUCGGAUGAGAAAGGGCACUUUGCGCUGGCGAACGGAUAUGUCGUGCAAGUUAGUCCUCAGCGCAUCACUGUCGCCGUGGACCGAAGGCUUCACAAUGCACGGACCAGAUCAAGCGACUUCGACUCUAAAAUGAACCAGUCGUUCAAGGGAAUCAUGGAAAUCACUGAUGGCACUCCUUCGACCGCAUCGCCCGUGGAGCCAGAAGAAGAGAUUCUGUAUCGUCUAGACAAAGAUGAGUUCAGCAACGGAAUGGCCAUUGUUCGAAGCAAUCUAAUAGCUAUGAUGGAAAAAGAUUUGUUUCAAGCUAGACAGCUAAGGAAGCUGGUUGUUGAAGGGCGACCGCCGGCAUUCAAAACAACUGUCCCUCUACUGUCAGGUUUGGACGAGGCUGGCUUAAAUGUGGACCAGAAGCGGGCAAUUAACAAGGUCAUGAGUGCGCAAGAUUAUGCACUAGUACUGGGAAUGCCAGGGACGGGGAAGACGACCACCAUAGCCCAUAUCAUUCGUGCUCUGGUCGCCCAAGGCAAGAGCGUUCUUUUGACUUCGUAUACUCACACCGCUGUCGACAACAUCCUAUUAAAGAUUCGGGAUGACAACAUGCGCAUUCUCCGCAUCGGAGCAGCUGCAAAAGUGCACCCGGACGUUCAUCAGUUCGCUGAUCUUGCCGCCGCUCCGAAGACCACCAUCGAGGAGCUGAAAUCUGCAUAUGAAGACUCUCAGGUUGUUGCAACGACCUGCCUUGGAAUCGGCCACAAUAUCUUCAAUCAGCGCAUUUUUGAUUACUGUAUCGUCGACGAAGCUUCUCAGAUUACCCUUCCAGUAUGUUUGGGCCCUAUCCGCAUGGCGAAGACUUUCAUCCUUGUCGGUGACCACUAUCAACUUCCGCCAUUAGUGCAAAACAAGGAAGCACAAGCAGGCGGCCUCGACGUUAGUCUAUUCAAGCUUCUUUCCGAUGCCCACCCUUCUUCGGUGGUAAACCUCGAACACCAAUACCGAAUGUGCGAAGACAUCAUGCUCCUUUCUAAAACGCUCAUCUAUUCUGGCCGCUUGAAAUGCGGUACCCCCGAGGUCGCAGCACGCUCUUUGAAACUACCUAACAUAGGUGGUCUUAAGCAACACCACCUGAGUAAUUUUUCUCAAACAAGUCGAAGCCGCCAAGUCUGCUUGGGAACAGGCCAAGGCCGAUGCUGGCUUCGCGACUUGGUCGACCCUUCAGCCAAAACCUAUCUCGUCAAUACAGACACGCUCGCCACACCUGCUCGUGACGUCGCAAACGGCUCACGCAUCGUCAACCCUACCGAAGCGAACCUUUGCACCCAGCUCGUCGAAGCGCUCAUCUCAUGUGGUAUUUCCGCUCGCAGCAUUGGUGUCAUCACAUUUUACCGCAGUCAACUCUCUCUUCUCAAGCAGAACCUCCGCCACCGCGUCCCAGACCUGGAGAUGCACACGGCCGACAAGUUUCAAGGACGAGACAAGGAGAUUAUCAUUCUAAGCUGCGUCAGAAGCAAUGAGGAGAAUUACGUCGGCGAUUUACUCAGCGAUUGGCGACGCGUCAACGUUGCUUUCACAAGAGCACGUACCAAGCUACUUGUCGUGGGCAGCAAGGGCACCCUCCGCAAUGGCAACGAGUUGCUAGGCAAAUAUGUGAAGCUAGUCGAGCAACGAGGCUGGAUAUACGACCUGCCAAAGAACGCAGUAGAGAACCACAUUUUCGACGAUAUUCCUGUAUCAACCUAUGACCGCUCGACACCGAGUCCAAAGAUGGCCCCGGUUGUCAAGAAAAAGCCCCGCAAGCCAUUGAGCCCUGUCCAAGAACGCCUGACGCCGAGCGGGGGACUAAGGAAGCCCGCAAAGAAAGGAAUGAAGCUGUUAAGCGGGCAAACAAUUCUUGGGAGCAGACCUGUUCUGCAAGAUGUGGUUAAUGACCUCGUUGGAUGAGUGGGCUGUUUCUUGCUUACCGUCAUUUGGAUGAAUGUAGCGUUUCUAGUGCAUACCUACAGUUAUUCCCAAGGCUUUCUUGGUGUUAGGGAUUUUCGGCUUUACGGUUAGGGUUCAUUGGAUGAUAUCCGUUGGUGUACCGGAAAUUUGUCACAUUAUUAGGUAUAUUAUUAUGAGG